CUAAGAGUUGCUGGAUCGCUGCCGGCACUGCCAUUACGGGCCUUAGUGUGUUUUAUCAAACAAACCCCACAGUUUCUCAACACGGAGUUAGAAAGUCCUGUAGAUUAAGUCUGUGUGCAGGCGCAGGAUGUACAGUUUUAUGGGAGGAGGGCUGUUCUGUGCCGGAGUGGGGAAUAUACUCCUGAUCGUUUCCACAGCAACAGAUUAUUGGAUGCAGUACCGUCACUCAAACAACUUCAUGCACCAGGGCCUGUGGAGAUACUGCACGCCUGGCAAAUGCUUCACACACACAGACAGCAUCGCCUACUGGGACGCCACGCGCGCCUUCAUGAUCCUGUCUCUGCUCGCGUGCUUCUUCGGCAUCAUCAUCGGUAUCAUGGCCUUCAUCCAUUACUCCACCUUCGACAGGUUUGAUAAGACCUUCGCUGCAGGCACGCUCUUCUUCAUCUCCUGCUUUUUCGUGUUCCUGGCCAUGGCCGUGUACACGGGAGUGACUAUGAACUAUUACGGUAAACGCUACGGCAGCUGGCGCUUCUCCUGGUCCUACAUCAUCGGCUGGGUGGCGGUGGUGCUCACCUUCUUUUCAGGUAUUUUCUAUAUGUGCGCCUACCGGAUGCAUGAAUGCCCCAGAAACCCGGCUCCUCACUAGGAGUCAAGAUGAUGAAGGUUAUUCCCACCCAGAGACGAUUCCAGC